AUACUUUCUCUGCUUCUCUUAAGAAUUGCUUUUGCUCUCAAUUUGAUUCAUAAACCCUAGUUCUUAGAUUUUUUUCCGAUUAGCGAUAAUGGCGGACGCUGAGACUUUUGCUUUCCAAGCUGAGAUCAACCAGUUGCUUUCCCUCAUCAUCAAUACCUUUUACUCCAACAAGGAGAUCUUCCUCCGUGAACUCAUCAGUAACUCUUCCGAUGCUUUGGACAAGAUCAGGUUCGAGUCCUUGACCGACAAGAGCAAGCUCGAUGGACAGCCUGAGCUUUUCAUUCACAUCAUUCCCGACAAGACUAACAACACCUUGACCAUUAUUGAUAGUGGUAUUGGGAUGACUAAAGCUGAUUUGGUAAACAAUCUUGGAACAAUUGCAAGAUCUGGUACCAAAGAAUUCAUGGAAGCAUUGGCUGCUGGAGCUGAUGUUAGCAUGAUUGGUCAGUUUGGUGUUGGUUUCUACUCAGCUUACUUGGUAGCUGACAAGGUUGUUGUUACUACCAAGCACAACGAUGAUGAACAGUAUGUGUGGGAGUCUCAGGCCGGUGGAUCUUUCACUGUCACCAGAGACACCUCUGGUGAGGCUCUUGGUAGAGGUACAAAGAUGGUCCUUUACCUCAAGGAAGACCAGUUGGAGUACCUUGAGGAGCGCAGGCUUAAGGAUUUGGUGAAGAAGCACUCUGAGUUCAUCAGCUACCCAAUCUCUCUCUGGAUUGAGAAGACCAUUGAGAAGGAGAUCUCUGAUGAUGAAGAGGAGGAAGAGAAGAAGGAUGAGGAAGGCAAGGUUGAGGAAGUAGAUGAGGAGAAAGAAAAGGAGGAGAAGAAAAAGAAGAAGAUUAAGGAGGUUUCUCAUGAGUGGGAUUUGGUGAACAAGCAGAAACCGAUUUGGAUGAGGAAGCCAGAGGAAAUCAACAAAGAAGAGUACGCUGCUUUCUACAAGAGUUUGAGCAACGACUGGGAGGAGCAUUUGGCUGUGAAGCAUUUCUCUGUUGAAGGACAGCUUGAGUUCAAAGCUAUCCUCUUUGUUCCCAAGAGAGCUCCUUUCGAUCUCUUUGACACUAAGAAGAAGCCCAACAACAUCAAGCUCUAUGUCCGUCGUGUCUUCAUCAUGGACAACUGUCAAGACAUCAUCCCUGAUUACCUUGGGUUUGUCAAGGGUAUUGUUGACUCUGAAGAUCUUCCUCUCAACAUCUCAAGAGAAACAUUGCAGCAAAACAAGAUCCUCAAGGUCAUCCGCAAGAACCUUGUAAAGAAGUGCCUUGAGCUCUUCUUUGAGAUUGCUGAGAACAAGGAGGACUACAACAAGUUCUACGAGGCUUUCUCUAAGAACCUGAAGCUCGGUAUCCAUGAGGACUCUCAAAACCGAACAAAAAUCGCUGAGUUGCUCCGUUACCACUCAACCAAGAGUGGUGAUGAAUUGACUAGUCUCAAGGACUACGUGACAAGGAUGAAGGAAGGUCAGAACGAUAUCUUCUACAUCACUGGUGAGAGCAAAAAGGCUGUGGAGAACUCUCCCUUCCUAGAGAAGCUCAAGAAGAAGGGUUACGAAGUCCUCUACAUGGUUGACGCUAUUGAUGAGUAUGCAAUUGGUCAGCUCAAGGAAUUUGAGGGAAAGAAGCUUGUCUCUGCAACCAAGGAAGGUCUGAAACUGGAAGAGACUGAAGACGAGAAGAAGAAGAAAGAAGAGCUCAAGGAAAAGUUUGAGGGACUCUGCAAAGUGAUCAAGGACGUUCUGGGAGACAAUGUUGAGAAAGUUAUCGUCUCUGACCGUGUUGUGGACUCACCAUGCUGUCUUGUUACGGGCGAAUAUGGCUGGACCGCAAACAUGGAGAGGAUCAUGAAAGCUCAAGCUUUGAGGGAUAGCAACACGGGUUCUUACAUGUCAAGCAAGAAGACUAUGGAGAUUAACCCAGAGAACUCCAUCAUGGACGAGCUGAGAAAGAGAGCCGAUGCAGACAAGAACGAUAAGUCUGUGAAGGAUCUUGUGCUUCUUCUCUUUGAGACCGCUCUUCUCACUUCUGGUUUCAGCCUCGAUGAGCCCAACACUUUUGGAAGCAGAAUCCAUAGGAUGUUGAAGCUUGGAUUGAGCAUUGACGAUGAUGAUGCCGUUGAAGCCGAUGCUGAGAUGCCUCCACUUGAAGAUGAUGCUGAUGCUGAAGAUCAAAAGUGGAAUUGUUUGAAGUUAACCUUUUCUAGUUUUAUGAUCUCAAGCUCUCUUAUUUGCUAUGCACAACUCCGAGCUCAUUUUCUGUUCCAUGACCCUCUUAAAGGAGCCACUGAUAAACCUAGUGUAGUGUUCCUUGGACUCUGCAAUGACCUGGCAUAAUACUAGUUGCAAGAAACUGUGAGUCUGUGACAGAGACCAGUAGAAAUUUUUACCUAAUACAGAUUCUAGAUUAAC